AUGCAAAUUUCAAGUUCAGAUUUUAAAACAAGUUUUGUAUGUUUCGAAAAGCUUUGUUUGACGCAUCUCAAAAAGCUAAGACCAGUUUUUUGGGGGGGACUAUACAACGAGCGAUUUGUUCGAGCUUCUUCGAAUUCAGUUACCAAACGUAAGUUAAGCUAUGAAGCAGUAAUUAUCUUGGUCGUUUGUCUAUUUGCUUUGGUGCAAGCCAGACCAGAUGUUUCCCAUUUGGUGAAAAGUACACCCGAACCUCAUGUUCCAGCUAAUCCGUAUGUCUUUAGCUAUCAGGCUGGACGUGCACCGGGUCAUGUAGAUCGUCAGCAUACUGAGGUAUCAGAUGGUUCGGGUGUUAUACGUGGAGCAUUCUCCUAUGUGGAUCCCAAGAAUCAGGUGCGCACCGUUCAAUAUGUGGCCGAUGAGAAUGGUUUCCAUCCUCAGUUGAGUCAUCAGUUGGAAGACAGUGCUGCUGUUAAGGCAGCUAAGCGUAAACAUUUUGAGACCUACAAUCGCAUUGCGCAAGAGCAUGCCAGUCAAACGCCAGGCCAAGUUGCACUUGCAGCAGCACCACAUACCAGUGCCGCAGUUGCUUAUGCCACAAAGAAGCAUUUGAGUGCAUUUGAACGCAUUGCAGCUGAACAUGCUGCCAUUGGAGCUCAACAGGAGGCACAACGUUUGGCCUUGGCUGCCCAAUCACCUCAUGGUGAGGUCGAGGAUGGACAAUAUCAUCCUUAAGUGCAAGUGCAUGCAAAUUUAAAAGAAUGUGUAGUAUAGAAUAAACAGUGAAAUUAUGUAAAACACAAA